AUGGCUUCCGCAGGCACCGUUCCAGGAUCUAAUGCGGUCGCCCAGAAGGUCACGCCGAAUCAGAGUCUGUACAUCCAGAACCUGCCAGAGAAAUUGCAAAAGGCAGAUCUGAAGCGCAACCUCUAUAUGCUUCUGAGCACAUAUGGACCAGUCCUGGAUAUUACUGCGCUGAAGACUCCGAAGAUGCGUGGACAAGCACACGUCUUGUUCCGCGACGUCAACAGCGCAACACAAGCGAUGCGUCACUGUCAAGGCUAUGAGUUCUUUGGGAGAGAAAUGAAAAUCUCAUACGCAAAGAGCCGAUCGAACACGCUUGCAAAGCUGACGGGCACCUUCCAUGAAGAGCAGGCCUCUAAAGCCGCAGCACCGAAUGCCUCAACGACAAACUCGAUUGCACCACCAUCUUCAUUCCCAGCGCCUCCAGGAAGCACAAAUGCGCCUCCAUCAGGCCUGCCUCCGCCACCAGCUGGCGCAGAGAAUGCACCUUCACCUGCAAGUACAGCUGGUCAAAAGCGACAGCGUGAAGAAUCAGAUGACGAAGGCGGAGAUGCGCCGAUGGAUGAGGACAGUGGAGGAGAGAUGGAAAUGAGCGAUAGCGAUUGA